AUGGCAGCGGCUCUCCAGUGCGUCGGCCCCCUCGGGAUCCCCAGACCUAGCCGGAGCUUUGGUGGACGUAGGCAGGCAGAAGCAUCAGUCCCCUCUGUCCUUUCUCCGUCGCUCUGCGUCUCCCUUCUUGGUCGUCGUCGUGGGCGGAACCAGACCCUCAUGCGCCAUUCCUCGCGGUCUCUCCAGCCCUCCGUUUGCGCCAGCCACCUCCCAAGCCUCCGGUCGUCUCCCCGCCGCCGUCUUCCUGGUUGUGUGGCGUUUGCCUUUUCGCAGGAGAACACGGUGAGUUCGGAUGCUUCUGAGUCCAAUCCCCGCCUGUCUGAAAACGUCUUUCUCGCGUCCAUUGGAUCCGGCUCGAUCUCGUUCGGUGGGGGUUUUUCUUUUUGAUGCGGGAACUAAAAAUCAUCGAUGGUCGCUUCAACGGGACAAUAAAUUGACGUGACCUGUUCCCCAUUCUAUGGUCAGAGGACUGUCUCCUGAGUAGUUUACGCUCGGAGAAAAAAGACUUGUAUCCUGUCAUGUCAACGGGGACAUGGGAAUGCAGAGACAGAUCCCUGCUACCACGGGAUCAACCUUGCCCAACUGAUUUAGUGCCGUCAGUUUAGCCGACGUCAUACUGCUGGACUCCUCAACAAAGGGUGAAAUGAGCUGGGAUUUUUCGUUCUCAGUGAGCAGGGGGGGUUACACUUUAGGUUUUAGAUGUCUCGUUCUUUUUGUUAUCUGGUCACCACGCCUCCGUGAAUCAUCAAAGCCACUUGCUUGCCAUCCCAUCUCUCCACCUUUCAUCCAUCACGCAAUGCAAAUGCAAAUGCUUUCAUGAAUCGGAUAUCAGAAGUCCGGUUGGAAAUCUGUGCAACUGUUCCUUGCUUCUUUUGCAACAAGGGAUAAGUUUUCUCCUUGGUAACAUGUUUUUCUAUGUUGCAAUUGGAACCAUACGCAUUUUGUCGCCCCCCUCCCCCCAGAAGGACUCUGACGUGGAAGUGGAAAGCGUGGAGAAUGAGCUUGAAAUCAGCUCCAACGAAUCCCUGGCAGUGUGGAAGAAAAUGUUGGAAUAUACAAAGGUGGAGGCGCUAAAGAUGCAGAAUUUCUCGCAGGAAGCAUUUGCAGUGUACUCUAAGACAGCGAUAGUGUCAUUAGAAGAAGCGUCUAAGAAGCUGAAGAUCCAAGCCGAGCAAGCAACGUCUGAUUUGAUGAAGCUAGCUAAAGAUAUUGGGGAAGAGGGAAGUGAGUAUCUUUCGGUUGCUUCUAGGAAUUCUCCAGAACCCGUGAAGGACAUUGUGGAGACACUUACUUCUUCAAUCAGUGACUUGAGAAACCCAAGCGAAGUUCGUGACUUUUAUCUUGGAAUCCCCUAUGGUAUGUAUCCAGUAGGCGACUAUUUCCAUAGGAUAUACGAUGUGGUCCCUAUCUUCAGCUUCAUCUAUUUGCUCUCUUUUUUAAGUGUUCUUGUUACUGCUCACUAAACUCGCUAAGGAUUUGGAAAAUAGGAGCAAGGUUUUGAAAAUUUGUGAUUAUAGCUUUUUAAUCGAUUCCACUAUGUUGUUUUUUUUUUCUCCCAGGUGUCUGUCUUGCAGUCGGGGGCUUCCUUCACUUUAUGCUUACUGGGAGCAUUUCCGCGGUUCGCUUUGGUGUAAUCCUAGGCUCUUCUCUUCUAGCUUUGAGUGUUGCAAGUCUAAAAGCCUGGAGAAGUGGGUCAUCACACGCUGUCUUUCUGAAAGGCCAAGCUGGUCAGUUUCCUUUCUUCAUUUCAAGGUCCCUUUCAAUAACCUAAUUGUGUUGAAUCAUUAGAUCUGAAGAUUAUGCUACUAUGAUUAGGCUAUUUAAGAUUAGGUUUCUGCCAGAUUUGGGUGAGAGUUAAGAUAAUUUGUUGAAGUACAUUUUAUUCUCGCCACAGCUCAGCUGCCUUGCAAAAUGCAACUUCCAAAGAGUUCCAUAGUGGAAAUAUCAUCAUCAUCAUGAAUAGAGUUUUAGAGAUCGUCAUGUGAUAGAGCAGAAGUAGAAAGAGAACAAUUAUUCAACCUGCUAGGUUGAAUUCUAUCAGCGUGCUAGAUUUUGUAUUUAACAGGUGUCAAAUUGCUCCAUGUUUAUUUUUUUCCUACUUUCACUAUGGCGUGGACCCUCGCUACAUUAUCCAUAGCACGACUUCAGGAUACGCAUUUGCUUCUAUUCCAAACUUAUCCUGGUAUCCGUGUAUGCAAAUCUUAGGAGGAACGUAAAUGGAAAAUUCAGAACUCUUGAUUUUGUUAAAAACCCAAAAGAUAGAAUUAGCUCCAGGUGGACUCUGUGUUGAAUUCCACCAUCUAACGAAGCUUUGACCUUGCAGCAAUCACAGCCAUACUCUUCAUCAAGGAAUGGAAUUUGCUUUCCCAGGUAAAAGUCCACAAGAGCCUGAAGACAUCAGAUCAAUUAUUCAUUGCAUUGUUUUUUUCUCUAACUUAGAUUAGCCCCAUAAUAAAUCUCUGCAGAGGCUAUCGUUCCCUUCUGUUUUUCUGACAACACUCAGGUUAGUUCUGUCUUCAAUUUGUCUUGCAUACUACAGACAUUUUAUCCACGUUUGGUACAGCACUAAAUUUCAGAGUUGUAUUAGCCUGGGAGAACACUUACAGUGUGCACUUUGUUGGGCUGAAGCUCUUACAGAGAGACUUAAGCCUCAAUCUGCUGGUACCCAGGAACCAAUUGCUUGCAAUUUUGCAGAAGUGUAGCUAAUUGGGCGCACAUGAAAUGUCACCCAUUUUUCUCGUUGGCUCAGCCUUCUGAUAUCCUCAUUCUCUAAUUUUCUUCUACUGUUUAGGCUGAUCGUUGAAUUCCCUAAUGCUCUGUUUUUCUAUGCAGCGGAACCAUGCUUCUCUUCUACAUUUACAGGGUGAUCAUAGACCGCAGGAGCAAUGGUCCAGGCUUGGAGACGUCUCUAGAAAGUUGA